CGAGAUGCCGUUGCUGGUGCGGGGGCAGCGCGUGGAGCUGGGGCGGCCCGCGGGGGAUCUGCUCCGAGCCCACCCGCACCUGGUGGAGAAGGCAAAAGUUCUCACAAGCCAGCCUGUUCAGACGGUGGGACCCAAAGGCCUUCUGUACAUCCAGCAGAGAGAGUUUGCAGUGACCACCCCUGAAGAUGGCUCCGUUUCCAUUCUUGGAUCGGACGAUGCGACGACCUGCCACUUGGUGGUGCUCAGGCAUACGGGCAGCGGGGCUACCUGCUUGACACACUUUGAUGGAUCAGACACAGAAGCUGAGGUGUUACUGAUCAUGAGUGCAGUAAAGUCUUUUUCUAGCAACGCAGAAUGUGGAAGGCUGGAAGUGCACCUAGUUGGAGGUUUCAAUGAUGAUAGGCAUUUAUCACAAAAACUUACUAAUCAGCUUCUUAGAGCUUUUGACCUCCAGCAAGAUGAUGUCCAUUUAGUGACUUACUGCGUGACAGAAUUAAAUGACAGGGAGGAGAAGGACAAUCAUUUCCCAAUUGUGUAUGGAAUUGCUGUGAACGUUAAAACAGGAGAGAUCUUCCAUGCAACUUUUCCAGAUAAGGGACCAGAUGAGGAUUUACGUUCAGCCCAUACCUUAACAGGAGCACAGAUGAUUAAUAUUUAUGAUGCAGAGACAAAGCAACUCCAUAUUGGACCUUACUUCUGGAUGCCUUUCCCACAUGUGGAUUUUUGGCUGGAGCAGGAUGAUGAACAGAUCUUACAGAACCUUUCCACGUCUCCUCUGGCUGAGCCACCCCACUUUGUUUCCCACAUUAGAUCUACAUUAACGUUUUUAAAGGAUCACCCGUUUCCACAGUACUCCCUGUUUCCUGACAGAAAACCACGCACCUAUAAAAAAAAUGAAGAAGGGUUAUGGGUACAGGUUUGUUCUGACAAGAUUUAACAGGCAAAUCCAGAAAGAGACCAGGAAGGUGUGGCCUUGCCAACAGAAGAGUGACCAUUUUGCAAGGAGUAUGUUUCUGGACUGAUGCCAAUUCUAUCUUCUACUGUCCCUCAACUCUGAUGCUUUUCAAAACAAAGUAUUUUGGCAGAAGUGCAUUUGUUUGCACUGUUACUUGCAAAAGGGAGCAGUUGCUUUUGAAGUUAAGAGUUUUUCUGCCCUGAUGGAGCUUUUUCUCCAGUUCUUUCUUUUGGUGCCAACAGGUGUACGUAGAGGCCUCUUGAAAUCUACCUUGCAAUAUUCAAUUCAAGACAAUCAGACCUGUAAAAAUGAUUCAGAUAUUUCCAAAUACUUGUGAGAGCCUAAAAAGCCUUUUUGUUUUGUAAAAGGGAAAAUAUUCCAUACUACACUUCUCCUGAAGUAACAAUCUGUUAACCAGUGCUGCUGUCCCAUUCUGUUAUAAGUUAGUCAUCCACAGUUUAGAUAAGUAUUGACCACUAGUGGUAGGGCCAUUGCCAGGCUAGUUCCUCACUUGUUGUUGACCCUAAAGUUGAAGCAUUGAAGUGUAACCAUUGUUUCUACAGCUUAUUUUUGCAUUUUAACAAAAAAAGAGACAGACUGACAGAGAUGUACUUAGUCCCGUAUUCUUUAUAAUUAGGUAUAGUAGUAAAAUAGUUUUAUAUGUAGCGGGAGUUUAACAGCCAUUCCUGGAAAUACCUCGUUACAAAAAGCUUAACCUACAUGAACAUAAUAAUCUUUAUGGUAUCUUGAUCAAAUUCUGAGUACUGGUUACAGGUGUACAUCCUUAAAGUCUUGGCAAUUGUUCUGUAACCAUAGCAUUAUUUGUUAAGCAGAUGUAUUUUGCUGGCUGUGACAACAAUAUUUGAAUAAGAUCUGUAUCUCUUAAUUUAUAUCGCUUUACAGCUGCCUUUGUCCUAUGAAGUUUUUAGUUUGGUGUGUUUUUAAUAAAGGUGUAGUUUAACCAGUUUUGGGGUCUGUUUUUUGGUAGGAAAGAUGGCAUUAACUGAGUCAGAGUGUGUGUGCAUAUACCAUCGUGCCAACCUGUAGAGUUGACACAAACAAAAAGUAUCCUAAAACCAUCAAUUGAAAAAAGGACUAUAAACACUUGAUGAUAAGAAAAAGCAUGUUCACCAAAUUUUCUAGUGCAAUCUACUGUAUGUGGGCUGGUAAGUUUCCAUAAAAGCUUUGAAAAGUUUGGAGGUAGAGUUUAGAUAGUUUGUACAUAGCACUUUCCUACCAAGACCGUAAGACCCCAAACUGCAAGAGGGUCUAACCUUCAUGAGUUUGAUAGAAAAGUAUGCUGAAGUAUUAAAGUGCCAAAAAGGGGCUGUGUGUAAACCUUACAACUCACCAGCAAUCUGAGAACCAAGUGUCAAUAGCUUGAGAAUUAUAAUAAAACAGCAGUAAUUGAAUUAUGUUCUCUGAA